UACGCGCUGGUGUGCCUGGUGGGGCUGGUGGGCAACGCCCUGGUCAUCUUCGUGAUCCUUCGCUACGCCAAGAUGAAGACGGCUACCAACAUCUACCUGCUCAACCUGGCCGUCGCCGACGAGCUCUUCAUGCUGAGCGUGCCCUUCGUGGCCUCGUCAGCCGCCCUGCGCCACUGGCCUUUCGGCUCAGUGCUGUGCCGCGCGGUGCUGAGCGUCGACGGCCUCAACAUGUUCACCAGUGUCUUCUGUCUCACCGUGCUCAGCGUGGACCGCUACGUGGCGGUGGUGCACCCUCUGCGCGCGGCUACCUACCGGCGGCCCAGCGUGGCCAAGCUCAUCAACUUGGGCGUGUGGCUAGCGUCCCUGCUGGUCACUCUCCCCAUCGCCAUCUUCGCAGACACCAGACCGGCUCGCGGCGGCCAGGCCGUGGCCUGCAACCUGCACUGGCCACACCCGGCCUGGUCGGCAGUCUUCGUGGUCUACACUUUCCUGCUGGGCUUCCUGCUGCCGGUGCUGGCCAUCGGCCUGUGCUAUCUGCUUAUCGUGGGCAAGAUGCGGGCCGUGGCCCUGCGCGCUGGCUGGCAGCAGCGCAGGCGCUCGGAGAAGAAAAUCACCAGGCUGGUGCUGAUGGUCGUGGCCGUCUUUGUGCUCUGCUGGAUGCCUUUCUACGUAGUGCAGCUGCUGAAUCUCUUUGUGACCAGCCUUGAUGCCACCGUCAACCACGUGUCCCUCAUCCUCAGCUAUGCCAACAGCUGUGCCAACCCCGUACUCUAUGGUUUCCUCUCUGACAACUUCCGCCGAUCCUUCCAGCGGGUUCUCUGCCUGCGCUGCUGCCUCCUGGAAGGUGCUGGCGGUGCUGACGAGGAGCCCCUGGACUACUAUGCCACUGCUCUCAAGAGCAGAGGUGGGGCAGGGUGGAUGUGCCCCCCGCUCCCCUGCCAGCAGGAACCCCUGCAACCAGAGCCCAGCCACAAGCGCAUCCCCCUCACCAGGACCACCACCUUCUGAAGAGCCCUUCCCCUACCCGUC